AUGACUACUAGUUUGGAAGUAAGUGACAUUACCAAAUCACCAUCUAUAUCCUCGCUUUCAUCAGUUAAUACUACCCAUUCUACAGAACAGCUCAUCAAGAGUUUGUCGGACUCACCUACAAAGAAAUUAGAUACCCAACAAACUGUUAAUGGAAAUAGCACAGAAAAUACUGCUAAUACUGCUAAUGACGCUAAUGACGCUAAUGCAGCUGAAACAGGUGAAACAGGUGAAACAGAUAAUAUUGGUGUUACCAUUAAUACGUCCAGUAUUAAUGAUAACGAUACAGAAAUAGGUACCUCAACUCCUACUACAACAAAUCUCACUACCGUUCCUACAACAGAGACAGUGUCUCCCAUUGCACAACCAACAACUAAACUACCUCAAUCCUUCGCCUCAAAAACUACUUUCUACAAUGAAUUAAACAACUCAAGCAAUACUCUCAUCAGCAGUAACAACAACAACACCACCACCACCACCACCAACAAUGGUAUCACCAACAAUAGCAGCACAACCAAUGGCAAUUCCAACAAGCCAAUCACAAAUAAAAAGAAACCCAUUAAAUUCACAGUACGGAAAGUAUCACACGAAUUAAUUAACCCUUCUGCUGUAUCGAGUAACACCGCAUCCACUUCGUUCUAUACCAGUACAUCUCAUCAUAGUAAUAGUCCCUUGCUCAAUGACCGGCAACAAAAUCUGCACAACUACCUGAAAAAACAGCAACAACAACAACAACAACAACAACAAUAUCAUCAUCAUCAUCACCAUCAUCAACAAGCAGAUACAAGAAAACUAGAAAGUGCCCAAGCGAAAUAUAGCUCGUACGAGAAUCGUAUUGUCAAGAUUGAAAAAGAAAUCGAUUUUUUGACUCAGUUGUUGCCUCCAUAUAACGUCGAAGUUGAUUAUAGUACCAGAGUCAAGAUUCAAAAUGCAAUUGAGAAGUUGAGAAAUAAGCAGGAUGAAAUUGAAAAAAAGAAGUACACGUUAGGGAUCACUAUAAGCAGAUUAUGGAGGGGCCACGAAGGUAGCGAGAUUUGGGUUAGGAAGUUUGACAAUUGA